CCGGCCACCGCCAGCCCUGCUCGCGCGCUCUUGCCUCCGCCCGCGGGUAUUAAUAGCUGAGCGCCCCUGCUGCACGCACAGCCCGAAGCCGCCGCGCCCUCUGCAGCCGGGCCCGGAGCUGCUUAGCCGGGAGGCCGGGAGUAGAAGCCGGAGCCGCCGGCGCCGUGGAGAUAUUCCAUAAUCUGCUCUCAUCAUGGGAGAAAUAGAACAGAGGCCAACUCCAGGAUCGCGACUGGGGGCCCCAGAGAAUUCGGGGAUCAGUACCUUGGAACAUGGACAGAAGCCACCCCCAACGCCUUCAGGAAAACUCAUGUCCAUCAAAAUCCAAAUGCUGGAUGACACCCAGGAGGCAUUUGAAGUUCCACAAAGAGCCCCUGGGAAGGUGUUGCUGGAUGCGGUUUGCAACCACCUCAACCUCGUAGAAGGCGACUAUUUUGGCCUCGAGUUUCCUGACCACAAAAAGAUCAUGGUGUGGCUGGAUCUCUUAAAACCUAUUGUCAAGCAGAUUAGAAGGCCAAAGCAUGUUGUUGUUAGGUUUGUGGUGAAAUUCUUUCCACCUGACCACACACAACUCCAAGAAGAACUCACGAGGUACCUGUUUGCUCUGCAGGUGAAGCAGGACCUGGCUCAGGGCAGGCUGACGUGCAAUGACACCAGCGCUGCCCUCUUGAUCUCGCACAUUGUCCAAUCUGAGAUUGGGGAUUUUGACGAAGCAUCAGACAGAGAACACUUAGCAAAAAAUAAGUACAUACCUCAGCAAGAUGCACUAGAAGACAAAAUUGUGGAAUUUCACCAUAACCACAUUGGACAAACACCAGCAGAAUCGGAUUUCCAGCUCCUGGAGAUUGCCCGUAGGCUGGAGAUGUAUGGGAUCCGGUUGCACCCAGCUAAGGACAGGGAAGGUACUAAGAUCAACCUGGCUGUUGCGAACACAGGAAUUCUAGUGUUUCAGGGUUUCACGAAGAUCAAUGCCUUCAACUGGGCAAAGGUGCGGAAGCUGAGCUUCAAGAGGAAGCGCUUUCUCAUCAAGCUCCGCCCAGAUGCCAAUAGCUCAUACCAGGAUACCUUGGAAUUCCUAAUGGCCAGUCGGGAUUUUUGCAAAUCCUUCUGGAAAAUCUGUGUUGAACAUCACGCCUUUUUUAGACUUUUUGAAGAACCCAAACCAAAGCCAAAGCCUGUGCUCUUUAGUCGAGGGUCAUCAUUUCGGUUCAGCGGCCGGACUCAGAAGCAGGUUCUCGACUAUGUUAAAGAAGGAGGACAUAAGAAAGUGCAGUUUGAAAGGAAACACAGCAAGAUUCAUUCCAUCAGGAGCCUUGCUGUGCAGCCCACAGAGCCGAAUUCAGAAGUGCCAAAACAAGCCCAGCAGAGUGCCAGCCUCGCUCUCGGAGAAGGUGCUGACUCCCCCGGGGACCAGAGCAGCCAGCAAGGGAAGGAACUGCAGGUCUCCGCCGAGGAGUGUGCGCUGCACCAGAGCCCCUCUCUGCAGAAGAGCCCAGUGGGCAACAAGGCGGCAGAUGGAGCUGCGAAGGCGGCGCCGGAGGAAGAGGAGGCGGCCGUCAAGGACAGGACCCAGCAGAGCAAACCGCAGCCCCUGCAGCCAAGCACAGGCUCCCUGACUGGUAGUCCUCACCUUUCAGAGCUGUCCAUCAACUCGCAGGGAGGAGCCGUGCCCGCCAACGUGAUCUUGUCUCCCAACCUGAGCCCCGACACCAAGCAGGCCUCUCCCUUGGUCAGCCCGCUGCUGAAUGACCAGCCGUGCCCACGGACCGACGACGAGGAGGAGGGCCGGAGGAAGAGAUUCCCAACGGACAAAGCGUACUUCAUCGCUAAGGAAGUAUCCACCACUGAGAGAACGUAUCUGAAGGAUCUUGAAGUCAUCACUUCGUGGUUUCAGAGCACAGUGAGCAAGGAGGACUCCAUGCCCGAAACAUUGAAAAGUCUCAUAUUCCCGAACUUUGAACCUUUGCACAAAUUUCAUACAAAUUUUCUCAAGGAAAUUGAGCAACGACUAGCCCUGUGGGAAGGCCGCUCAAAUGCCCACAUCAGAGGAGAUUACCAAAGAAUCGGAGAUGUCAUGCUGAAGAACAUUCAGGCCAUGAAGCAACUGGCAGUUCACCUGUGGAAGCACGGCGAGGCCUUGGAGGCCCUGGAGACCAGCAUCCGGGGCUCCCGGCGGCUGGAGAACUUGUGCAGAGACUUCGAGCUACAGAAGGUAUGCUACCUGCCGCUCAACACCUUCCUCCUGCGCCCGCUGCACCGGCUCAUGCACUACAAGCAGGUCCUGGAGCGGCUCUGCAAGCACAACCCGCCCAACCACGCCGACUUCAGGGACUGCCGCGCGGCUCUAGCAGAGAUUACGGAAAUGGUGGCACAGCUUCACGGCACGAUGAUCAAGAUGGAGAAUUUCCAGAAGCUGCACGAACUCAAGAAAGAUUUGAUCGGCAUCGACAAUCUUGUGAUUCCAGGAAGGGAAUUCAUCCGCUUGGGCAGCCUCAGCAAGCUCUCCGGGAAGGGGCUUCAGCAGCGCAUGUUUUUCCUGUUCAACGACGUCUUGCUGUACACGAGCCGGGGACUGACGGUCUCGAAUCAGUUUAAAGUCCACGGGCAGCUCCCACUCUAUGGCAUGACCAUAGAGAACAGCGAAGACGAGUGGGGCGUGCCCCACUGCCUCACCCUGCGGGGCCAGCGGCAGGCCAUCAUCGUGGCUGCCAGUUCCCGGGCUGAGAUGGAGAAGUGGGUUGAGGACAUACAAAUGGCCAUUGAUCUGGCAGAAAAAAGCAGCGGCCCCACUCCCGAGUUCCUCGCCAGCAGCCCCCCUGACAGCAAGUCCCCCGACGAGGCCACAGCGGCCGACCAGGAGUCAGAGGACGACCUCAGCGCCUCGCGCACCUCGCUGGAGCGCCAGGCCCCGCACCGCGGCAACACCAUGGUGCACGUGUGUUGGCACCGCAACACCAGCGUGUCCAUGGUGGACUUCAGCGUGGCCGUGGAGAAUCAGUUGUCUGGGAACCUGCUGAGGAAAUUCAAAAACAGCAACGGGUGGCAGAAGCUGUGGGUGGUGUUCACGAACUUCUGCCUGUUCUUCUACAAGUCACACCAGGACAAUCACCCGCUCGCCAGCCUGCCCCUGCUCGGAUAUUCGCUCACCAUUCCCUCGGAGUCUGAGGACAUCCACAAAGACUACGUGUUCAAGCUGCAUUUCAAGUCCCACGUGUACUACUUCCGGGCUGAAAGCGAAUACACGUUUGAAAGGUGGAUGGAGGUGAUCCGAAGUGCCACCAGCUCGGCCUCCCGUGCCCACGUCCCGAGUCACAAAGAAUCUCACGCGUACUGACGGCAGGACGGUCUGUUGGCUGCUUUCCCGGCAGACAUUCUGUAUUAAUGAAGCGUAGUCACAUUAACACCCGUCUGGGAAACGAGCGUGGUUUUACAGCAGCCCGCGCCCGUCUCCGCAGAGCCACUUCCCUUGUCUU